AUGUCGAACACAAUUUAUUUGAACGAAAAAAAAACAGAAGGAAAGUAUUUUUAUCCCAAUGGAAACAUAUACAUAGGGGAAUUUAAAAAUAAUAAAUUUCAUGGACAUGGCUCGUUAAUUUUUAAGGGGAAAGGAGAAUACAAAGGGAUAUGGGAAAACGGAAAAAGUAUUAGUGGGAAUUAUUAUUUUAAUGAUGGCUUAAAAUAUGAAAACACAUGGGAUUAUUUAACUGAUUUCCCAUAUUUUUAUAAUGAAGAAAUAAAUAAAAAUGAAAUUAUUUAUCAAAAAGAAAAAAGAAAUGAAUAUUUAGACAAUAUAUACGAUAUAGGUGAUGGAUACUAUAAAAUCGAUGAAAAUUGUGUGUAUACUUUUGAGGAUAACAAGGAAAUAAGGAGAGUAAAUGCGCGUGAAAAAAAUUGGAUAAAGGAUCAUUGUGCUAAAUAUUGA